GCGUAUUUUGUACGCGCCUCCGAUGAAGCAGUCCAGACAAUUUCAAAGCAAACAUGCAGUUUUUUUUUAAAAGGAUACUUUUUAAAUCGAGUGACACGUCAGUGUAUUUUACAUCGGUUGUGUUAGAUUAACUUUUUGAAAUACAGUACCGCACCUGUCUGGAAAUCAAGCAACAAAGGCGGAGAGUGACAGUUCGCUGCUGUGUUUAUGCUGGCAGCCGGAGCAGAGGCAGCAACACCAGACCUUGACUUUGAUAACAGCGUUGUAUUAAUUACUCAGGAGGUAGCGUAUUGGGCCUCGUACAGCACUGUCUCCAGACUUCCACAAGGGGGAGACAAAGGAACGAUUCUGAACGUGUAUAAACUAAAAGAGCAUUUACAUUAUAGUAACUGAUUACCCUAGUGUGAAAUGUCUGUAGAAAGUGCACAAACAAGUAAUACAAGCGAAGUAAAACGCUUUCUGUGGUGAAGUCAUCUUUCCUAACGUUUGCAUAAAGGGGAGCUUCCUGGCCAAUCAGUGCACACCUUCCAGGAAGCGUUGACAUAGGUUAAGCAUACCUGCCAACAGUACCAUAUGGUCGGGACAGUCCCGAUAUUUACCCAUUGAAAAAAAAAAUUCUGCACAGUAGAGUUAGUGAAACCCACACGCUCUUCGUGCGGCUGACACAUCUGCUGAUCACUGACUUAUACAAAGGAUAUGCAACACUGAACAUAAUCAGCUGCAUCCUGAUACCAUUGCUGUAGAUCACAUGGUCUUAUUGCAUUGAACUUAAACUGCAAAAGUACUAGCAGCAGCUACUUGAAGCAUAAACUAAAGGCGAAGAACCAAAAGAUAUUCAACAGAAGAAAACUGGGACCCGUGAUAAUACAGCUCGUGCUAAUAAUAUUGCUGCGUAUGUUUAGGUUUGAAGAAGAUCUGAUACAGUAAUACUGGGCGGAGCUAUGGGCAUGCUGGACUUCUGCAAGGCAGGGGGAUACCCUGUCUACGUCCUGUGCAUACUGCUGAUUACUUAUUUACUGAACCAGCUGGAUCGCUACAUUCUGGCCAUCGUUAUCUUACCUCUGGCACAGGAGAUUCAUUUUGGGGACAAGAGCUGUCUGCCAAACGAAACCAGGCAGCCUGGGCCAUUGCAAUGCAACAAUGCCAGUGGUGACAAACACUGCUACUCCUUGCUGAAUGCAAACGGCACUCCUUACUGCAAAUGGGACUAUAAUGGCAAUGGGUGGGAGUAUCAGAUCAUGGCUGGACCUAUUUUCAUCCUCAUCUACACCUUUAUGGGGAUUUUUAUUGGAUUCCUAGCUGAUGCUGCCAACCGUAAGAAUCUCCUUGCCGUUAGCUUGUUCUUCUGGAGUCUGAUGACCUUCCUGAUGGGUUUUGCCCAGGAAUACUGGCACCUCGCGCUGCUACGCUUUGGUCAAGGCAUUGGGGAAGCAGGCUGCACCCCCUUUGCUGCCAGCCUAAUUGCUGACUAUUUCCCUGAAGCUGCGAGGGGAUCGGCAAUGGGGUUUUACAACUGGGGGAUCUACACAGGGUACAGCCUGUCCUUCGCAGUUGGGAACUACAUAACCAGGGCAAACAUCAUGGGGCUGGGUUGGCGGUGGACCUUUUUCAUCUGUGGGAUCCCAGGGUUUCUAGUGAGUCUCGUAGUGCUCAUCACAGUCAAAGAGCCCCAGCGCACCCAAGGGACAGGUGAAAGAGCACACAAUGUGAACACCCCUUCCAGCCUAUCCCUGUCACAGCGACUGUCACAAAUACUGCAGCCCUUCCUCAGCCCCUCCUUACUGCUGCUCUGCUUGGCUGGCUCCAUCAGAAACGCAGGUGGCUAUGUUUGGGCCUACAAUGCCCAGAUCUAUUUUAACCAGUACUUUCCUGGAGAGGAUGUGGGGCGCUGGUUGUCAUGGAUACCAUUAGUUGGAGGGAGUUUUGGUGUCCUGUUUGGUGGGUUCAUUUCUGACAGAGUGGUCAAGAAGAGGGGGUUACCAGCAAGGGUCUGGGUUUUAGUUAUAAGUCAGAUUGUGGCAGCUCCCUUCCUGGUGGGGGUGCUGUGGCUGUCACCCCCAUACGCUUUUCUCCUGCUCAUUCCUGCCAAUAUAAUUGGCGAGAUGUGGGUUGGUGUCACGUUAGCCAUCGUGGUGGAGCUUGUUCCUCCAGUGAUCCGCACAUCUGCUGUAGCUUUCUACCUCUUCAUCAUCACCAACAUUGGGGGGAACAUGCCCUUACUGGUCCCUCCGCUCACCAGCCUCUACGGUUUGCGUACAGCGCUACUUAUUCUCUUUCCUGGAAUGUAUGUUGCCGGGUCUCUCCUGUUCCUGCUCACGCUCUGUGUGGCUCGCAGAGACCAGCGGAAGAUCACCUCAGCGGAGACUGAACCUCUCCUUCCAGAAUCGGAUGAGGUUUCGCAAGAGGAGCACCAUAAACGUUCAUGAAAUGUGUCUGAUCUGCUGUUAGACAACACUACUGUUCCACUUACUAUAAACUGUGGGUAGGUAGCUAGAUCGAUAACCUCUUGAUUCAAAUUCUCCAUGCAUGUUUGGUGUUUGGUCUGUGUUUUGCAAGCCUGCAGGUGAAGGAGGAGAACCCUCACCACUGCGUGUGGGACCAGGGUGAGCAAAGGACCACUGCAGGUUUAACCAGGAUCCUUAGGACCAUAGUUAGGCAUUCAUUUAGGGGAUGUAUUAAUCCUACCAAAGUGUAUUUAGUUUAUGCAGGGAGAAGGUUCCUGAAGCGGGACCUCCCUUUUAGUGGGAGUAGCACUCGGCCUGAGCUUAGCCACCUUUUAUUUUCUAGUUGUUUUUGUAGUGUUUUAUUUUGCCUUUUUGUAUUCAUGUGCACUUGGAUAUAUUGCCUCCCGCACUAGGGCUACCAUUGCAGGUACCCUAGUGGCAGCCACCAACACUGCAACUGCUUGUGUGUAAAUAAAUAAAACCUGGACGCCUGAGCGGCGUUUUUAACAUCAAAUCCUCUGUCUCUCUCAGCGGAUACCCACACAGUAACAGUACACCCCUGUUACAGUCCUCAUUGCAACAUUCAUAGGGCAGCAGUGUGGAGUAGUGGUUAGGGCUCUGGGCUCUUGACCGGAGGGUCGUGGGUUCAAUCCCAGGUGGGGGACACUGCUGCUGUACCCUUGAGCAAGGUACUUUACCUAGAUUGCUCCAGUAAAAAAAAAAAAAAAAAACUGUAUAAAUGGGUAAUUGUGUGUUAAAAAAAAAAAAAAAAAAAAAGAACAAUAAUAAUAAUAAUGUAAUUGUAUGUAAAAUAAUGUGAUUUCUUGUAACAAUUGUAAGAAAUAAAUAAUAAUUAUAAUAACAGAUUUUCCCCAAAUGACAGUCCUCUUAAAGCAGAAUAUGCUUGCAUAUUUCACCUCCAUAACUGUGUAUACCCAAGAUAGUUGUUUUAGGACCUGUAUAAAAGUUUAAAAUUGUAUUGCAAAGUUUGUCCUUAUCAUUUUUAACAUCAGUACAAAGUAUGAUGCUUGCGGUUUUACCUACUGAAGAGUAUUGCAAAUUGCUGAAUGUCCCAAGGGAAGCCCACAGCUGCACUGAAGCAAAGGUCUCUUAGUUCCCUGCGCUUUGACCUUUAGCUCUGAACAUUCUGUCUCUUUCUUCAAAGAGAUUUUGUGCCCCAGCUAAGAUGCCGGGGAUACGGCAGAUAUAAUGCUAAAUCCAUGAAACCACCAGUGACAGAUUCCCCUAAAGCAACAGUAUCCCUAAAAACAGGCUGAAAGGAGUACAAAGUCAGUUUAUUUAAUGUGGAGCUUUGCGUUUAAUUCAGUGUUGACUGCAAGCCAGUACUGAAGCUCAGCAAGCAGUUUAGAAGUUAAGCCUCAUAGUGAUUAUCAAGGGCUGCUGUUGGGAAGCAGAUUUACAGCGAGUGAGGAGCAGUGUGUGCAAUACUGCCCUGAACUAAUCCCAGUUCAGGGAAACCUCUCUAGCGAGCACCUUGUUAAUACAAAUUGGAUUGAUGGACUCUCAAAAUGCCUGUUUACAGUACUACUUUUUAUACAAGUUAAACCAAUUUUUACCAUAGGGUACAUCCUGCACUCCACGCGGAGUGCCUUUACUGGAUGCGCCACUCGGGAGCCCCCACACCAAGAAUAUUUUAAUAAAAGAAAAUAUGUAUUACCCAAUUGGUAAUUUAUCAUCUAACCCAGAAGAAGAAUUUAUGGAACUUUACUUCGACUUUGUAAACUCUGUCACAUAACUGUGCUAUAAAAUGAUAUUGCUUUUAAGCUUCUCUUGGUUUUUAAUGUUUUUAUAUUAAAAGGUGAUUAAACCGAUGUAAAUACUAGGCUUUAAAAAAAACAUUAAAAAACGUCAGAUUUG